AUGGACACGGUGACAGGAUACAAGCAUCACACCGAGGGAGACGAUGCCCUCGCCCAAGCAUGUCAUGACCAGCAAGAAGUGGAUGAUGCGUUUCAUCUUCCUGGAAAGCGUGGCUGGUGUUUCCGGGAUGGUAGGAGGGAUGCUUCGGCACCUCGGCAGCUUAAGGCGCAUGAAGCGAGACGGUGGAUGCCAGGCGUUGGCCUCCGACUCGUGGUAAUUGGUGCGCAAGGUUUAUCCUUCAACGCUCUUAUCAUCUCAUACGUCAUAUCUCCAAGAAUCUGUCAUCGUUUUGUCGGAUAUUUUGAGGGGGUCACGACCUAUAUCCGAGCAAUCGCCGACAUUGAGAAGGGCAGAUUACCCGAGUGGUCUGAUCUGCAGGCGCCUGAUAUCGCGAUUCACUAUUGGAAGAUGCCGGAAGGCCAGUAUGAUGUGAAUAGUCUGUUGCUCUAUAUUCGGGUUGAUGAAGCGAAGCAUAGAGAGGUUAAUCAUACGUUGGGGAAUCUUGAUCAGCUAAAAGAUCCGAAUCCGUUUACGGCCGAGUGGGAUGCUUUGCUUAAUGCUCAUCCUUCGAAGGGGGUUCAAAACCUGAAAAUGACUGGGUGGGAAAAAGAUGAAGCGAUCUAA